ACCAACAAAUAGUAAAAAAAGACAAGUGUCAUCCUAUAAGCACCUCCACAUAGGAUUUUAACUUUCAUGUUUAGACAAAAAUUUAUCCUCAUUUAGGCAAAGUUUUCAAAUUUGAUCAUGGAGGGAAAAAAUGUGUGAAGAAAUGAUCAAAGGGCCACACAAUUGGGUCGAAAUUGCAAGGCCCGUUUCAUUUAGGCCCAAUACGAAGGAAGGAAAAAAAAUUCGCUGGCAGGAGGAUCAUUGAUGCGUCGCUUUCCUCGUCUGUGUCGUUCACUCCCAUUUUAGGUUAGCAGCAGUGAGAAAAAUUAAUCAAAAACAAAAUCAAAUUCCAAAUCGAUGCAAGCUUAUACUGUCCUUGGUCCUCACUGGUUUGAAAUUCAAACCAAAAUCCUUCCACCUCAUCUCUCAAACUACACCAAUCUUGGCUCUCAGAUUUCUACUCAAAUCUCUAUGCAAAACAAUUUUCCCUCCAAUGUGUUGAUUUCAAGGCACAACCCUAAGGUAAUUACGAAAUUCAAAUCCCCCGCCUUCAAUAUGUUGUGGGUUUUAAUAUUUGUUUAUGUUUUUAGGGUUUCCGUGUUCUCCCUAUUUAAAUGGAUGUUUGUUCAUUGUUGAAAUUGCACCGCAGCCAACAUACGUGCCUCCCUCUCUUUUUUUAAAUAAUUUUAAUCUAAAAAAUUUGCUUUUAUUCUGCACUGUCUUCUUAUUUUUUGAAAUGGCUUUGACUGUUGAUAAUCGUAGUAUGUUUUCAAACAUUGAUGAAAUCAACUCUGAUAGAGCAACUUGGAAUUUUAAGGCUAAGGUCAUAAGACUUUGGCAAGUGAGUGAUUUUAAUCGAGUUAAUGUUCCUUUUUCUGUUGAAAUGGUGUUAAUGGAUGAAGAUGGUGCUAAGAUUCAUGCCACUAUUAAAAAAACUCUGAUUUACAAAUUUAAACAUGAGAUAAUCGAGGGAAAAGUUUAUUCUUUUGAAAAUCUUGGUGUGGCAUCUAAUACUGGAGCUUAUAGGACAACACAUCAUCCUUACAAACUGAACUUUCAGUUUGGCUCCUUGGUUCAGAGGCUUUCCAACUGUGAUAUUUUGAAGUCUCCAUUUACCUUUGUUCCGAUUGCUGAUAUUUUGGGGGGUUGUUAUGACACUGAUUUUUUAGUUGAUGUUAUUGGUUUCUUGACUGAGAUUGGGCAGGAACGUGAGAUCACUAAUCAGAAUGGUAGUACAACCAAGCUGAAUGUCAUUGCAUUGGAAGCUGAUGGGCAUAAGCUUCAAUGUACACUUUUUGGUCCAUAUGUUGAUGAACUUAAUACCUUUGUUGGAGCUGGUGAUCUGACAAAUGCUGUGGUUAUUGUUCAGCUUGCUAAGGCUAAGAUCUUCCAAGACAAGAUACAUAUCCAGAAUUGCAUGAAUUGUUCUGUCUUGAUAUUUAACCCAAGUUGUGAUGAAAGUGUAGCCUUAAGGGCAAGUCUCAAUGGUUCUGAUGAGAAUCCGUCUCCAUUGACAUUUACUCAAGUUAGUACAGAGUCAAGUGUAAAACCACUUGAUGAGUUUCUGCACAAUACUCCAAGGAUUACCUUGCAAGGUCUCAAGGAUGCUACAACUGAAUCAUCACAUGUUGUUGCUGCAACUGUUAAGAGGACUUUAAAUCCCAAUAGUUAUUGGUAUACAUCAUGUUUGUGUGGCAAGGCUGUUGUGCCGGAUUCAAAGAUGUGGUAUUGUGAAAAGUGUAACAGGCAUGUUUCAAAGGUUGUUCCUAGGUUUUGUGUCAAGGUUAGAGUCAUGGAUGAUACUGAUUCUGCCAUUUUUGUAAUCUUUGACAAGGAAGCAAGUUCCAUAUUCAAUAUGACUUGUGCUGAUAUGAUUCAAAAUGGAGAAAAUGAUGUUGGUGAAAGAAUUGUUCCACCUCAAAUUGAUGAAACACUGAUUGAUCAAACCUGGCUUUUUAAGGUUGAAGCUAAACCUUUUCAGAAUCCUAGGUUUGAGCAAUCUUUCCGUGUGAGGAAGAUUUGUACCGAUGAGAGUAUAAUAAAGGAAUUUAAGGACAAGUGGGAUAAUGAGGAUGCUGUGUAUCUUAAAAAUACAAAUGAGGAUGGAUCUUUGAGUACUUUGCUGGAGAAAGGGAAAGAUGAUUAUGUUGUUGGGUCGUCAAACGUCCUUUGUGAGGAGUUUGAAAACUUUAGUGGAGAUUCUGACAAGGGAAAAGGUUUGAUUGUUGGACGGACAACUGUUGAUGUUUCCCAAGAUUUGAUGACGAAGUUUUCAUCAGCUAUUGUUAAUCUUGGCGAUGACUUUGAUAGUACUCCUCUUUGUAUUAAACCAAAGACAUCCAUUGUGAAACAAAUUUCAUCUGCUGCUGUUGUGAACCCUAAGGCCGUUGUUGAUGGUGUGAAGACAAUUAAACCUGAUGAUAAUGCAAAGCCAAUCAACUCUGCUGGAUCCGUCAAUCAAAUCAACUCUGCUGGAGCUGUGAAGUCUCAACAAUCUGCUGCUGUUCUGAAACCAGUUGACUGUACUACUGUUGAGGAUUUGAGCCUAACAGCUAAAGCCUCUGUUAGGCCAUGUGGACAGCGAAAGAAAGUUGUUCCUAAGAGAGUGUCCCCUCAACAUGAAGAUCGAGAUGAGGAUGAUAAUGCUCCUAUCAAGUUGUUGAAAAGGGCGGUCAAGAUUGAGAAGAUUUGAGCCUCAGAUUAAGUUGUCAUCCUAUAAGUGAAUGUUUAAUUAGUAAUUUUUAUGUUAUGUUUUUUGAUGCCCAGUGGCAGUGGGCCUUUAAUUAGGACUAUGUCUAAGUUGCAUUUUGAUAUAUUAGUAUUGGGCUUAAAUAUUGUUGUUUUAUGGCCUAAUGGCAGUGUGCCUUUAAGUAUGGUUUUAAAUUAGGGGAAUGAAUUUGUAAUCAAUUACAACUGUUGCAGUCCUUUGGUGCUUUCAGUUUGAACUAU